AUGGCAGCCACACUAGGAGCUACAUACUCUCCGCCUCCUCCACUAGAAUUACACUACUCCGAUACCACCUCCUCUAUUUACCCAGACCGGCCUAUCCGGCCCCUGCCAAAGAAACGUCUACGUUCCCGACUAUCCUCAGAGGUCGCGGACUCUAUCUUGUAUCCACCGGCCACGACGUUGUCAAAGCCACUCUUUCAAUUUCCAUACAAUGGCCCGACGGAUCAGCAGAAUGGAUUACCUGCCCGAGCGCAUCUAUCCGAGAUGGAUGCUAAUCUAGUACGAGAGCAAAGGAAUGGUGACGGUGAAAUUGAUAGCUACCAAUUUAGGGGGGCCGAGAAUGGCAGCGACGACGAAGAUGGCGUUGGUAUGGCAAGGCGCUGUCAAGAACAGCGCCAGAGGCCCGGAAGUGUGAAUAAUAUGUUCAGGAGUGGUUAUACGCUUUCAAGAAGUGACACUGUCAAGUACAUCAAGCCGCCCAUACCACAAUCAACAGCAUCCUCAGGCGACUCGGUUGAUGGAUAUGAUUCAUUUGAGAAUACAAACAACAAAAAGAAACGUAAGAUACCUACUUCUGGGUCACUCGGAAGUCACCAGACCUCGCUCUCUGCCGACAUGGCUCAAAUGGGUAUCUCGUCAACGCGAGAUAUAGAUGUUGCUCAGUCAGAGUCGGACAGCGGCGUUGGACACUAUUACGGUACAGGAAAUUCAGCCGUGUCGGCCAUCUCAUCUGGAACAGGAAUAUCCGGAGCUGGGAGAGGACGCUAUGGAAGAGCUGGCACGCGGUAUCAUAGCGGGCGAAGUCCUCUCGGUGUGUCGGUCAAUGGAUCGAACACUUUACAAGCUGGUCGAUCUUUUCACCAUCGAAGGGACUACACACUUGGCAGUAAUACUGGAGGUAAAGAGGCUGCCGCAGCAAAAUCAACUGACCAAGGCAUAAUAUCGGCAGCUAUCGCAGAGGCAGCUGCUUCACCAACUACGCCAGUCAAAGGCCAGGAGAACAAAAGCCUCCUCGAGCAACAGUCGUCAAAGAAUUCUAGCUCUGCAAAGACUCAAUUCACGUUCAUUUGCGAAUCCGAUUCUGCAAAAAGUAUGGUGUGGCCUCCGGACAUAGACUUCAGCCCUUCGCCUAGCGGACCGUACUCGAGAGUAGCCACAAAUUCAACAGGACCCCAUCAAUCACAGAACGGCAGAGGUUUCGCGACUCAGGGAACUCAGACGAGUCCAAAUAUGGCAAGCCAAACAAAUCAGGCUGCGGCUCACCAAACUGGUGCCAAUCAACAAGCUCCGCAACAAACGAAGAAGCCCCGUCGUCCGCUUCACAAGCAGUAUGCUCUCGCAGCUCGCAAUCGCCGCACGCGUCAGGAGAUGAACAAUUACAAAAAUCCACCGAAAGAAGAAGACGUCUGGAUCUGCGAGUUCUGCGAAUAUGAAAGCAUCUUUCACGAACCACCAAAGGCAUUGAUCCGGCAAUACGAGGCUAAAGAUAGACUAGAGCGUAAGCGUUUGGCCGAAAAACAACGACUUCUUGAAAAAGCAAAGAUGAAGAAUAGAAAAGGCAAGAAAGGCAACAAGAAGAAUGCGAAUGCAGCCACGCAUGCGCAACCGCCAGCGCAGAAGUCACGCUACGGCCAGCAACCAGUGGACGAGAUACUAGUGCAGCAUCAAGGGACACAAAGCGAAGAGUAUGUUCUAGACGAUUAUGAUGACGACCCUAUACCAAUGCCGGCUCUACCUACUCAAACUCCGUCGAAAAUCCCGCAGCCGGUAUCUCAGAAUUACAACCAGAGCCUACGCCCUUCCUCGAGCAGCGGAGGCGUGAAAGGCAAUAUCGGCGCUGAUCGCAAGGCUUACUCAUGA